CAAUGCGGUGCAUUUUACAUCUGCGCUUGAAAACAGCUAUUUUAAAACACAUGCAGUGCCAAUAUUGAAAGUUGCUUAAUCUCUCGUUAUUUAUAUCAUCAAACACUUAGAGUAUUUAGCAAACUCUUCUAGAAGAAGACAGAUUUGAUAAAACGCCUGUUUUUUUUUCUGCGAUGGACGUUAAGAGAGAGACAGUCAGGUAAAUAUCGUUUUGAGCGAUCGUUGCAGUCGCGGAGAGGAACAGCGGAGCUGAGUGACGCUCGCGCUCAUCCACAUACAUACAAGCGCUCAAUCUCACAUCCGCGCGCGCACAGACGCUCAAUCCGCUUGACUGGUGCAGCAGGCUUUGUUAUAAUUUAUCCACUUCUAUAAUCCGUGCUUUAAACCACAAUGGAAGAGAAUAUGGAAGAGGGACAGACACAAAAAGGGUGCUCUGAAUGCUGCCUUAAAUGCCUGAGUGGGAUCCCCUAUGCCUCUCUGAUCGCCACAAUUCUGCUUUAUGCUGGAGUGGCGCUGUUCUGCGGCUGUGGUCAUGAGGCUCUCUCUGGUACUGUCACCAUCUUGCAGACUUACUUUAAUGUUGCACGGUCACCUAUUGAUGCUAUGGAUGUCUUUACCAUGAUUGACAUCUUUAAAUAUGUGAUCUAUGGAGUGGCAGCAGCCUUCUUUGUCUAUGGUAUUCUGCUGAUGGUGGAAGGCUUUUUCACCACUGGGGCCAUCCGGGAUCUGUAUGGGGAUUUUAAGAUCACCACCUGCGGACGUUGUGUUAGUGCUUGGUUCAUCAUGCUUACGUAUAUCUUUACGUUGGCUUGGCUGGGGGUAACAGCCUUUACCUCCCUGCCAGUCUUCAUGUAUUUCAACAUCUGGAACACCUGUCAGAACACUGCACUGGUGGAUAGUUCCAGCCAGUGCUUCGAUCUACGCCAGUUUGGAAUUGUGUCCAUUGGUGAGGAGAAAAGACUGUGCACUGCUUCUGAGAACUUCAUCAAGAUGUGUGAAUCUAAUGAGCUGGACCUGACUUUCCACUUGUUUGUCUGUGCACUUGCGGGGGCUGGAGCAGCCGUCAUUUCCAUGGUGCACUACCUGAUGGUGCUGUCAGCUAACUGGGGUUACGUGAAGGAUGCCUGCCGGAUGCAAAAAUAUGAGGAUAUCAAGUCCAAGGAGGAGCAGGAGCUUCAUGAUAUCCAUUCUACUCGCUCUAAAGAGCGUUUGAAUGCAUACACAUAAAGCAUGCGGUCAUGCAUACACACGCACAUGUAUAAAUAUGUAAACACACACACAAAAAGCAUGCCCUUCCCCUACCUGAAGACACACGUAUAAACUAAACUUAACUGAGUCUAAUUUCCAUGGUUUACAGGGGUAAGGGAUAGCUGGGUGGUUGGGAUGGGAUGGGGAAGUAUAUAAAUGUAACACAUACUAUGUACGGGUGUGACCCAGAAUGUUGGCCAAGGGGCACACUUAUCGUCUACAUGGCAACGUCUCUGACGCCCCAUACAUUUCCAUAAUUUAGAUUAUGUUUUAUUGUCUUUGUUCCAGUGUCUAAUUUCAUUUCUCCUUUACCUUCCAUUUUUCGAGAUAGCACAUCUUGUUAACAUACAAAGUUGAGUGACUUAUCUUUUGUACCACAUUGGGUAUUGAUCUUGUAAGGGUUUUGGGGGUUUAGCUAAUGGGAUCGCAGAACACUUUUCACAUUUUUGUAUUACACAACAAAAAAUUUAAUUUUUCAAGCUUACUCUAAAUGGCUAGUCAUAUAUUUUUAUUUUAUUUUUACUUUCAAAACCAAAAUGUGACCAAACUUGUAACUUAUGAUUUACAGGUUAUUUGCUCAGGCUGCCACACUUAAAGCAGCAACAGCACAAACAUUUACAGAUUAUUUUGCAACAGAUUCAGUUUUGGAGUGCCAGGGAUUUUCAAAAGUACCUUAAUGUGACUUUUACUGCUAUACUGUAGCUUGGCCUAACUGUAUAUGCUAGCGGUGUUCAGUAUUAACGGAAGAUGUGAUAUUGGUGAUUAGUAACCAUAUGUUAAGCUUUGAUGGAAAUGGAUGCUGAAUGAGAACUUGUCAGAAAAAAUGGACUGUAGGAGAUCAAAAUUAAAUCAACACGAGCGGUCACUUUGGAUUUGCCUUGGGAGACUCUGUGGAUAUUUGGUUUCUCUCAUUCAUUGCAAGCCAUACUCUCACAUGCAAAUAACUUUUUCAGGUGUUUUAUCGCUUAGUUUUAGAUAUAACUUUUUAAAUGCAAGAAAUCAAACAAAACAAGUUUCUUUCAUUAUUUCUCUGAAAUGUAUAUAGAGAAUAUCUCUUUAUAAAUGUAUACAAAUUUCCUCUCAACACAUCUCAGUACUCAAUGUUAGGUGAUAUUCAGUAGAUCGUUGUUCAUAUCAGAGAAGUCUAAAUCUAAAUGGAAAAUGUUGAUUGCAGGGGCUCUGCCAAACACUGAGGAAGGUUGAAUAUAACAUUUGUUCAUGAACAAAUGUUUGUAAAGGUACAGUAUUUGCUUAACAACAUCAUAUGCUUCCAGAGGUGUAAAAAGUACUCUGAAAUUAUACUUAAGUGAAAUUAUGGAUACUAAUUGAAAAUUUUACUCAAUUGAAAGUAUCCAAGUAUCUAGCUAAAAAUGUACUUGAGUGAAAGUAAAACAUAUUCAUAUAAAUUGUAUUUAAGUAUUUUUUCUUUGCUAGACUGAAGUCAUGAGAGGAGAUUAUGUGAGAGAGGAUGUUGUUAAAUUCAGUUGGUUUGAAAGUUGCCUUUUUACUGUCUCUGACGAAUGUCAUAUUUCUCCCCCAGUGGCAUUUGCAACCUGAUCAAAAAAUUAUGUUACAAUAGCACAAGUUUUGCUAAAUAAUUUUUAUGUGGCCUGUUGUACGUAACAUGGCAGUUUCCUGGUGGAAUGAACACUAGAGGCGCUAAAACAAUGACUUUUAUCCCCUUUCACUCAAAUCACGAUUAAAACGGCAGAUUAUCAGUUCAUAAACACUUCCUUUUGCUCUGUACCUCACAUAAUGCAAUCUUAUGACAUAUAACACCUUAACUAUAGCACAUGACUCAUUUUAAUAUUUGCAUUACAUAACCAACUACAUUUACAUGCUUGUUUAAGUGUGAUCAACCUGCGUGGUAGCUCAACUGAGUGUUGCAUAUGCAAUACAAAAGACCGGGAUAGGAGUCCUGAAGAGCACGCAAGUUGACACGUGAGCCCAAAGUGUCAUAGAAGCACCAAAAAUUACGUGCUUUCUUCAGUAAUUUAGUUUUUCCUCUCACAUUUGCUUUUUUUGACACCAUCGUUUAGGUUUAAGGUUUAGGGUAAAUCCCAACCCUAAACCUUAAACCUAAACCUAACCGAUAGUGUCAUAAAAGCUGUUAAGAAGAACAUUUCUCUCACUUUAAGCACCACAUUGCCGUGAUACAUGUAAAGAACCACAUAAUUUUAUUUAACAAAAAAUAUUGCCAUAAUCACGCAAUGUUCGUUGCAUCAGAGAAGGCACUCACGAAUUGUGAUGUCAGAGCACCCAGCCCCUUGAGACAUUUAGAAAGAUUUAAAAAAAUAUAUAAGAAAAAUCUAAAUAAGCUUUGGAGAAAGUUAGUAACGUUGUUGGUUUUGUGAAUUGUUUUCUGAGGUUUGUUACCAAACCUUGCUGUUGAGCAGAUGGAUGAAUUCAAUAAAAUUCAUAUUUAAUAUUUACUCAGAUUCCAUUAUUUUUAUUAUCAUUAUUAUCAUUGCUGUUUGAUAGUUAUUAUUAUUAAAAUUAAUAGUUGCCUAACAACAACAAUAAUAAUUCAGCAAAUAGGAAGUACAAAUGCAUAGAUAUUUAAAUAUGAAGCAGAUGUAGAAAUAAAUAACAUGUACACAUUUAAUAACAAAUUGUGUUUUUUGUUUUUAUGUACAGUAUAUAUUUGCAACGUGAAUCAUCGUUUUUGACUUAACAUCUGUCCAAUCUGUAGAAAUAGCAGGCAUUUCGAAUAAAGUUUAGGGGAAAAAAACAUCACCGUUUCUCACUUUGUGCUCAUAGUUUUGAAUGAAUACAUCACAUUCAGUCAGGCAGUCACAUACGGUCUAGUCCCACAAAUAUUUCAACUUUUCAGAAACUCAAAUCAGGUCCGAAAUUCCGCCUCUGCUGAUGUUGAGAACUCCACACAGCCGACACUCUGGGGACACUCUGCCAUUUGACUGUCUGUCAUUUUUUGGAUGCAGUGAAAAGGCGGCUUCAGUCCAGUAAGAAGAAAAUGAUCUGCAAAUAUUUUAUGAGCAGUUUUCAAGUUUAGAUUAAAUUGUAAGGAGUAAAAAGUAUUAUUUGUUCUUUGGAAAUGUAAUUAUUCCGUUUAAAUUUCAAUCAAUUACUUUACACCCUUGUGUGUUUCAACUAAGAACAUGAAAGAUAUGAACGUGUCGCCAUAUAUCACUCUUCUUUAAGGGAAAAUUACAGUGUUUUGGCUCAGACUUUCCUACUUCAGUUGCCCUAGUUUUGCAGUAAAGUGUCUCAUAAUUUGUUUUCUGACAAUACUGCUUUUGUCAGUGUCUCAAAAAACAAACAAGAACAAAAAACAAACAAAAAAACAAGAUUUUUUUGUGCACUUAUGGACCAUUGUGAGUUGUUUGGUGUAAGUGCAUUUGGAACCAGUGCUGAGUCCCUGUACUCUUACUAGUUAUGAAGUUUUUUAAACCACAAAAGAAACUUAGAGAAUUAAAAAAUUAAAUCUAGUUGUUAAUUGUGGCAUGGUUAUGCAUCUAAUGGUAAUAGUUUUUACUAACUCAACAAAAAAAAAAAGAAGAAAAAAGGUCAUUUUUUUUCUAUUUUCAUUUUUACAAUUUUGCUGGAGUCAACUGCUUUUUUCUUUUUUUUUUCUUAAUGUGCAGUAUUACAAUUGCUAUACGGUAACAAUAUUAAGCAAAUAAUCUUAUUAGGUUGUAGUAUUUGAGUUUUGUCCUUUCUAGUUUGUGAUGAUUUUCAAAACCAUGUGUUAAACCUACUUGUUAUGAUGUUGCGUAUCCAGUAUUACACUGACCUUGCUUUCAGCUCUAUCCAUGUUCUAGUUUUUUGCUCUUUCAUUGAGAAUGCUUUGUAGCAGGCAGUAAAAUUAACUGGUUUUGUACAUAAAUGUGCCAACAGCUUGACAGUGGCUUUUUUAUUUUAUUUGAACUGUAGGUACAAACUUGCUUGCGUAAAUAAAGACACUUGUGUACUUGUUAAUAA